GACAGAACGACGUACCAUUCAACUGAAUGAAAUAAGAUUUGAAACCAUGUAGACGUCGUAUGUCACGGUGUAAUGACCAAUAUGAGUUAAGAGAGAGAGAAAAGCAAUGUUAGAACGUACUCGGCUGUCCAUUGAUUAAAGUCAUAACCAACUGUUGCCCAAUGGCACGUAACGCGGCAUGGCGCCGUACCAUCAGCGACUUGGUGAGCUGGAGGCAGGACCAGGCUCUGAACGCAACGAUCUACAUCCUCCGUGAGAUGGGGCCAACUGGGUUUCUUCUUAAAGAGGAGGGGGAGAGCAAGAAAUUCAAGGCUUUCCUGGGUGACCCCCACAAAUGUACCUGCUCAACUUUUAUGAAGGAUAAAGACCUGUGUAAACACAUCUGCUGGUUAUUGCUCAAGAAAUUCAGGAUACCAAGAACUAACCCAGUCACGUGGCAGAUGGGUCUUGUAGAACGAGAGAUAAACGAACUCCUACGAGGUUUGAUGGCACACCAAGAUCCUCGCCGAGGACCCCCUGCGAAGAAGGUUACAGCGACAACAACUGUAGUUGAUGGUCGGCCUGUUUUAGAGCAGAGAGAGAUCGGCAAGGAGGAUGUGUGCCCUAUAUGUCAGGAGGAACUGUUAGCUAAACAUGAGCCUGUCACCUACUGCAAGUUUGGAUGUGCCAAUAGUAUCCACAUCAAAUGUAUGAAGGUAUGGGCAGAGCAUCAAAAAUCAUCUGGAGAAACGGUCAUCAAAUGCCCAUUCUGUCGUGAAGAUUUUGGUCCGUUUGAUCUCCUGAGACAGGAGUAUGCCAAUAGCUCAGUGCGGCAGACGAGAGCCGAAAGGCUUGACCUUCACCUUGGGUCAGUGUGUGGCGGCUGCAGGGUGUGUCCUAUACAGGGAAAGUGUUACAACUGUACAGUCUGUGUGACCUAUUACCUGUGUCAGGAGUGUUUUAACACACAGAUCCACACUGAACAUUCCUUCCAGUUUAGACAGAAACCCACACAAAGAUGGCGUCCUGCACAGAGAGGGUCUGGGACGGCACUACCUAGCGCUGUGGUGAACAAUUUGAUGAACAGGGAGAUCAGGGAGGAAGAUUAUGAUAUGUUACUACAGCUAGACAGUACUGCAGCCAACCAAGUAAGCAACAUCCCAGAGGAGGUGGUGAAAGGUUUCCCCACAGAACGUGUCAGGGACGGCAGUAAGCUGCUGGCACCUGGGGAGCAGUGCAGGGUUUGUCUGAGAGCUUUCCAGGCUGGACAGCAGAUCAGGAGAUUACCUGUCUGUAAACAUAAGUUUCACAUAGACUGCAUAGACAACUGGCUGAUCCACCAGCGCCCUACAUGUCCCAUAGAUGGUCAGGUGGUGUGGAGCCCUCUCAUGGCAGAGAUGGAAGAGCAGGAGAAAGAAAGAAAACGUCAGAGGAAGAAAGAGGAGGCUAAUGCUAGAGCUGAGCAACAGGAGCAGCAAGCCAAUGGUCUUGUCUUGGAAAUCCCAGGAGUAGGCUUAAUUAGGCGUGGCAGCACUGGCUCACUGGGAUCACUCAGUACAAAUAAAAAUUUAAAGCCCAAAACGGCAGCCUACAACUCCAUACCUCUGAACUUUGCUCUCACAGGAACUGGACUGAAUUCUCCACAAAGUGAACCUUCUAGUCCCAGUAACGUCUCCAGUCCAACACAGCUCCUUAGUCGAGUCCGCAUCAAUCGUCGUCUUGUGCCAAGCGAUGUUCGCACCCAACAAGUCACGCCCAGUGUUCCUUCCAUCCCUCUUCCGCGAAACCUCAAUAACAAUGACGUGGGUGCAGCCGCAGCAAUAAGUACGAACUCACCUGUAAAUAGAGGCUGGAGACCUUCAAGCAUCACAAGCUCUCCUGGAGCUGGAGGGAGGAAACCACCAAGCGGCAGAAAUAGCAGUGGGGGUGUGCGAAACGAAAGUGGAUUUGACAGCGACCCAGAGUCACAGAGAAGAAGCCGAAUGAGGCAGAAAGCUGCCGCAGCUGCAGAAAAACGUGCUCGGAGCUCUAGCACCAGUGGCCAAUCAAACAGGCCAGAUUCUGGCGAUGCAGGUCAAGGUCACACUGCUGAUGACACCCUGGGACUUUAUCUUGGACGAGUGCCGUCCCCACACCAGGACUCGAGUCCAUUGUCCAAACCACGAGCCCCAGCAGGUCGCCUCUUGCCUCUGUCACAUGACAGAGCUAUUACUCAUUCCACCAGCAGAGGGCAGCAGGGUGCUUCAGAAGCCAGGACAGGACAGGACCUUACUGAUUUGUAUUUAGGCUUGGACCCCCCUAUAGUUGAUAGUGGUUCAAUUGCUAAUAACAUUAUGUCCGGUUUAACGGUUCCCAAGCAACGUUCAAAUACCAAAGACAAACCAAGGACGGUACAAACACACGAACCUGAUUUAGCAGGACUGUACCUAGGUCUUGGUCCCCAGACGGCAGCAGCUACUGACUCUGAAACUACCACUAGGGGGCGGUUAAAGAGAGGUGGUGCCAAUACAGGCCCAAACCCAACUAAUACAAGACAGCCAUGCAUUGAUACUAUUGAACUCACUGGUAAUGGCCUAAGUGGGCUGGCUAUUCAUGAUGACACAUGAUAGACCAGAGGUUUAUAAACAUUUGUUGCAGAAAAUUGCUAUAUGCUCAAUCCAGUUUGCCCCAGGUGGGCUUAUGUUCUGUAUGUGACCUUCAGUAAUUUAUAGUCCUGAGCCAUUCCAUGAUAAAUAAGAUACAGGGUCAAUAGAACCACUAGUGUGAGUGUGCGUGUUUGCAUGCAUGGUUGCAUGAGUGGGUGUUUUUGCACUUGUGUGUGUGCACAUACCAUACCACGUAUGAGCUUGGUAUCUGAAUGUCUGUCUGUCUGUCUGUCUGAAUGUCUGUCGAAUAGGAUACAGUUAGUAGGGCCAUAAAUAUGUGUGCGUGGCUGCAUGCCUGUGCAUGUGUAACUCUCUGUCUACACGUGUAUAUGCAUAUCCAUGUUUGUGUGCUGGUACAUUUUAUGUGAAAUGCAGUGUUCAUUUUUAAAAUACCUGCUAACAUGAUGUCAGAUUGCAGUGUAUAUGUCAGGAGUAUGCACAAACAACACUUGUUCAGAUGAGUGCAUUUAUUCAUUUAUAUACAUUUACAUAAUGUUAAAUGCAGACACAUGCUUUUCAACAGUG